AUAACGGCCAUAACGGUCGAAUUCACGAACAUCAUCGUUUUCUUUUCUCUACCCCUAACUUCCUCCGGCAGCUAGGCAACGUACGUAACGCAUGUUUUUUCUCUUCUCUCCCCCUUUCUUGUUCCCCAAGCUUUUCAAAACCCUAGAUUCUUGUCAUCGGAUUUCCUUUGAUGAUUUUCCUAAAUGGGUUUCUCUAUUUUCUCAUGUUUAUCACGUGAGUGAUCGAAAUCUUGUACAGAAUCUUCUUUUUUCUGAUGUAUUUUUUAGGUUAAGUUCGUAUCUAUGUCUAUGUGAUCGGCUGUCCGAAAAUGUACAAGUCCCAAUACAUAGGAGGCCAAAGAGAGAAAUUCGUAAGAUUAGAUGAUAUAGAUUCGAGGUUAUCAAUGUCUUCCACCGGGAAUGGAAUGAAGAGUUGGUGUUUCGGUUUCGACUUCACGGCUCGAGGGAAGAAGAACACGUCCAGAUCGUUCAGGGAAGGCGUGAAAAUCGGUUCAGAAGGAUUACGAACGAUCGGAAAAUCGUUCACGUCCGGCGUCACGAGAGCUGUUUUCCCGGAAGAUCUCCACGUUUCCGAGAAAAAAAUCUUCGACCCUCAGGACAAAACACUUCUCUUAUGGAACAGGAUGUUCGUCAUCUCCUGCAUUGUCGCUGUUUCUGUCGAUCCAUUGUUCUUUUACCUCCCCAUCGUCGAUAAUUCCGCCAGCUGCAUCGGGAUCGACACGAAACUCGCUGUCACGACCACGACUCUACGGACGGUCAUCGACGUUUUCUACCUCAUCCGUAUGGCUCUGCAGUUUCGUACAGCUUAUAUCGCCCCGUCUUCCCGCGUGUUCGGACGAGGAGAGCUCGUCAUCGACCCCGCCAAGAUCGCAGAACGAUACCUGAGCCGUUAUUUCCUCGUGGAUUUCCUCGCUGUCGUUCCUUUACCGCAGAUGGCGGUAUGGAAAUUUCUUCACCAGUCGAAGGGGACGGAGGUUUUACCAACAAAACAGGCGUUAUUACACAUCGUCAUCAUUCAGUACAUUCCGAGAUUCGUUCGGUUCAUCCCAUUGACAUCAGAACUCAAGAAAUCCGCAGGAGCUUUCGCAGAAGGCGCUUGGGCUGGUGCCGCAUAUUAUCUCCUCUGGUACAUCCUUGCAAGCCACAUAACUGGAGCAUUCUGGUACAUGUUGUCAGUAGAACGGAAUGAUGCUUGUUGGAGAUUUGCGUGUAAAGUUCAACCAGACCCUCGGCUAUGUAUUCAGCUUCUGUACUGCGGAAACAAACUCAUGACUGUUCCCGAUCCCGACUGGAUCGGAUCGGUCCCCGAGCUUCUCAAGAGCAAUUGUUCCGCGAAAGGCGAUGAUUCGCAGUUCAAUUACGGAAUAUACAGUCAGGCCGUUUCUUCUGGGAUUGUAUCGCCAAUGACGUUUUUCUCCAAGUUCUGCUACUGUCUAUGGUGGGGUCUGCAAAAUCUUAGUACGCUAGGUCAAGGGCUGCAGACGAGCACGUAUCCUGGAGAAGUUUUGUUCUCGAUCGCCAUUGCUAUAGCUGGACUCCUCCUCUUUGCUCUUCUCAUCGGUAAUAUGCAGACAUAUCUCCAGUCGCUUACUGUCCGACUCGAAGAAAUGAGGAUCAAAAGACGAGACUCGGAGCAGUGGAUGCACCACCGUUCGCUCCCGCAGAACCUAAGGCAACGAGUAAGGCGGUAUGAUCAGUACAAAUGGUUAGAAACAAGAGGGGUCGACGAAGAAAACAUAGUACAGAGUCUACCAAAGGAUCUCAGAAGAGACAUCAAACGACAUCUCUGUCUGAAUUUAGUACGAAGGGUCCCUCUUUUCGCGAAUAUGGACGAAAGAUUACUAGACGCAAUCUGCGAGAGGCUGAAACCGAGUUUAUACACAGAGAGUACAUACAUAGUUCGGGAAGGAGAUCCGGUCAACGAAAUGCUCUUCAUAAUCAGAGGAAGGUUAGAGAGCGUGACGACGGACGGCGGAAGGAGCGGGUUUUUCAACAGAGGGUUACUGAAAGAAGGCGACUUUUGCGGCGAAGAGCUUCUGACAUGGGCCCUCGACCCUAAGGCGGCUGCGAACCUGCCUUCCUCGACGAGAACGGUAAAGGCUCUGACUGAAGUGGAAGCUUUCGCUCUGGAAGCCGAAGAACUGAAAUUCGUGGCCAGUCAGUUCAGGCGGCUCCACAGUCGGCAGGUUCAACACACGUUCAGGUUCUACUCUCAGCAGUUCAGGACAUGGGCCGCUUGCUUCAUCCAAGCGGCUUGGCGUCGGCAUUUAAGAAGGAAAAACGCCGAACUGAGGCGGAUGGAAGAGGAUGAAGAAGAAGAAGAAGAAGAAGGUGAUGAAGGAAUCGAGUAUGAAGAGUUAGAUGAGUAUGAUGAUGAUGAUAAUAGGCGAGUGAUUUCGAGGGCUGAUAGUUCGGUCGGAACGUCUUCUAGGUUACGUUCUACGAUAUUCGCUUCGAGAUUCGCUGCUAAUGCGUUGAAAGGGCAUAGAUUGAGGAGUUUUGAGAGCUCGAGGAGCUUGAUGAAGUUGCAGAAACCUCCUGAGCCUGAUUUUGAUGCUCCCGAAAACGAGUAAUCGUCCGAAAACGUUUUUUUUACUUAGCUUUUUUUCCUUCUGUAUAAGCUAAACUGCGAGUUUAACAUAGGAUACAUACAUACAUAUAU